CUUGCGUCUGCCGAGGAAUGUCAGCGGAGAGGCUUCGUGUCGUGUCCACUGCCAAGUCGGCUGCAGUUUGAAUGCGGAUUUUCUGGAACAGCCGCGUGAGCACGAGGCCGCCACGGCACCGGAUGAAUAAAGGUCGUCGAGGCGCGUGACGAGCGGUGGAAUGCGCUACGAUGGACACUUUGGAAACCACGUUCAGCCACGGGCGGGGAGGCGCCGCUUCUGCCGUCUGAACCGUUGACAAACCGCACCGGCUCCGACGGAGAAGCCGACCGUUGCCCCUGGUGAGAAGCAGCCACAACCACUGGGGCGAUGGCGCCGAGCACGUGAGCGCCCUCCAUGGCCGCGGCUCCGAUGCUAUGACGAGCACCGGGCCAGUGGCACCACCAACUCCACCUCCUCUUCCUCCUCCCGCAUCGAUGAUCGGCAAGGACAGUGCUGUCGAGCAGGCCGGUCGCUCUCCCGGCAAAGCUGUCGACGCGGCAAACAGACCCCGCGCCUCGGCAGCCACAUCCCUGGAGGCCGCGCGGCGGGCCGUGGAGCUGGGCCCCGCCAAGCCGGUGGUGGCCGAUCGUCAUGGUGACCGUGACAACGAUCGGAGCGGACCGACAGAUCGGGCUGCUGUCGCCGGAGUUGCGCACGUUGAGUGGUGCCGGGCGGCCGCUUGCAGCGUCAGAGAGGAAACCGGGGAGAGGCCCGCGCCGCUCGCAGAACCGCACUCAAAGGCCAACCACGUGCAGCAGCAGCAGGAGCAGCAGCGGCAGAAGCAGUGUGAGGAGUGGGAGCACUGCUUGGGAGCCCUGACCGUCCCCAGCCGUGGAAGAAGAAGGUCGCGAGGAGGAAGGUCACACAGAGAGCGCCUGCUCACGAGGCUGUCUCCAGCGCCGCCGGACCCCGACCUCGCGACUCCCGGCCCUGCGGCCCGCCGAGUGGCGUGGAGCCCUGGGAGGUCGCCUCCCAGCAGCGCGGCUCGUGGCAAGCGGUGGCCCGGCGCGGCGCACGAAGCGCCGCCGCCGCCACACGGCACGAGCGGUGCCCGCGGAGGUGUUGGCAGGAGGAGGCGGCACUACUGCCGGGACGGGGAGGACAAGUUGAAGAAGCCGGGCAAGUACGCGUGCUCCUACUGCGGCAGGGCGUGCGCCAAGCCGAGCGUGCUGAAGAAGCACGUCCGCAUGCACACGGGCGAGCGGCCAUACCCGUGCCUGGCCUGCGGCUUCUCCUUCAAGACCAAGAGCAACCUCUACAAGCACUGCAAGUCGCACGCCCACGCCGUGCGGGCCGCGCCGCUCUGGCCCGCUGGCGAGUCAGGCAAGGGACUUGGGCUCGGUGCGGACUCGGAGGAUCCACCGGGCGGCCCGUCGGAUGGGGAGAGAACGGACACGGACGUCGAGUGCUGUGCGGACGAGCGUGCUCCCCGCGACAUCGACGCCUCAGCAGGGGGAGCUUUCAAAGCACGACAGGAAAUAUGGAGGUCGCCGCGGGCUGCGCCGGCCCUCUUCGGUGAAGAGGGGGAGGUGAAGGAGGAAGCGCCGAGCCGCUGUUUUGCAAACAAGGGCGUUUUGGAUACACGCAGUAAGGAAUUCUUUCCAAGGGAGAUGAUGGGGAAGGGAAACGACGUCGGCGAAGGAGAAGUCACACCGGGCCUGGCCGCCUCCGCCCUGCCACAGGUGGUGGUGGUCCGGGCGGGCCAGGGUGGCCGCGCCAUCACAGAAAGUGGCCAGCGGAGCACGGACGUGCAGCAGCAGGCUCCCACGGCGGCGGCGGCGGCGGCGAGCGACAAUGAUCUCCGCUCGGCGAAGCACCGGCUGUGGCGCAAGCGGGAACUGGAGUCGAACUCGUCGGGGCACCUCCUCACACCGAGUCCGUUCAGCAGCAAGGGGAGCACCGACUCGGGCUACUUCUCCCGCUCGGGCAGCACUGAACUGUCGCUGGCCAGCCCGCUCGCGCCGAUCGUCACCACUGGCACCAGCGGCGGCGGCGGUGGCUACAACGCGCCAUCAUUCGCCUUUCAAGGGUCGGCGGGCAGGGGUCGCGCGGCCGAGCGUUACGCGCGCACGGGCUGGUGUGGUGAGACUGUGGAGGACGACGAGGAGGACGUGGAGGGGGGGCCGGCGGAUGCGAGGACAUGGAGUGACCCUGCGCUCUCUCGCCGAGGUGGCGGCGCUGGUGCCGGCAGCGGCACCAGCGCUCAGGGACCGCACCCCUGCCACGACUCCGGCCGCCGCAGGAGCUCGAGCGCCGACCCUCCCGUGAGCGUCGUCUUCAGCGGCGCCAAAUGCCAGAGCGGGGAGUUUUUGGAUGUGCCCGUGUUCGAGACGGGCGGUUUCUUCCGCAGCAAUUCCAUGCCGACGUGCAAUCCUUCGCGAAGCGGUCAUUCGUCGGCCGGGCACCCAGCCGGCGCCAGCCUGUCGUUCGACGAGUGCUUCCCGAGGAAGGGCGGCUCCAUCGCCGGAUCCUCUCCGGUGCUCGCGUACGGCACAAACCCUCGACCGCUGGUGAGGCAGCAGGCCGUGGAGCUCCCGGCCUGCAGGGACAUUCAAGGGAGGCAGUGUCAUGAACAGACGAAGGUCACCUCCGUAAUAUGGCAAAGCAGCGGCAACUUGCUCUCUGAAACGGUGGUCCCGCUGGAAAAUAAGACGGCCGUGGCCCCGAGUUGCCAGGGCAGCGGCGUUAAUGUGAGCGUCAACCGCACGGAGAGGGACGUGGUGACGGCGAGGCUGCCUCACUGUCCGGGGGCCUUGGACCGCACCUCGCUGCAGGGAAAACGGAGAAAACCCAAAAGCAUCAGGGACGAGGACGAGCCGGACUUUGUGAGAGGCGAGACUUCAGUGUCCGGCGGAGGCGAGCCGGUGCAGGAGCCGCCGAUGGACGUCACGGGAGUUGGCGUGGGUCCCACUGCGAUGUUGCGUUGGCACGAACGCACCCCCUUUGCGGAGCGUGAGUCGCCGGCGGGGGCCAUUGCCGUCACGCCGUCGGAGUCACCCGCCAAUGCGGCCGCCAGGUUCGCGCCACGACGUGGCCAGAGUCUGGAAAGCGUCGUGGGCCGGCAUGCCGGCAACAACGAAAUCUCCGUCAUCCAGCACACCAAGUUGCUCGGCCGCCCCCACUCGUUUGAAAAGUCCGACGCGGGACGCUCCGGCUGUGUCGUGCUCCGCCAGUCCCUGUCGGCGGACCGAGCCCGAGACGGCAUCACGGUUCAGCAGAACUUCCCUGCGACAGCUGACAGCGAGAAGGACGAUGGCGGUGCAAAGGUGCGUGGGGGUGCGCAGCCCGACCCGCAAGCACCGCGCAACGGGAGACUCAUCCGGCAAAGUAAAAUUCCGGAAAUCUUGGUGACGGUGGAACCGGAUGGCGACCAACAGCAGAACGACUACCUCGGGGAGGAGCCCGGCAAGAAGCGGGAGGAAGAGUUCCAGUGGCCGCGGAGGAGCGAGACCCUGGAGAAGCUUCCGGCCGAGAAGCUGCCCCCCAAGAAGAAGCGGCUGCGCCUCUGCGAGCUGGGCAACGCCUCCGUGGAAUCGAGCAACGACUCCUCCGUGUCGGCCCCGCUCUCCCGCAGCCCGAGCGCGGACGGCACCCUCUCGCGCUGCUCCAGCCUCUCGUCGGCCUCGCUCGACCACGCGGAGGGGGGGGACGAUGAAAAGCCCAAGAAGGAGCCGGCGGAGAAGUCCGGGGAGGAGGGUGCCGCCCUGUUUCUGACCGUGCCGGGCGCGCCGCCGCGUUCCCCGCUACAGCCGCCCGGCAGGGGAAUGCGCCGCGCCGCGUCAGAGCACGGACCGUGCGGCGCGGGCCCCGGGCCGCAGGCGGGCCGAAGCAGGUCAUUCGACGAUGGGAUCCUGUCGGCACCCUGCGUCCCCGUCGCCGCCAGUCUUGGACGAGCGGCCGCGGCGGGAGGGCGCCGGAAGGCGUACCUGGAGCACCUGGCGAGCUUGAACGGACACCCCGAUGCGGCUCGCGCGGCGGCAUCUGCCAUGGCGGUGGACGGUUAUUUGCACCUGCACAGUGCCAAAGAGUACUCGAAGCUGAUGGAGAGUUGUGAUGCCUCACCGGCUGACGUUCAGCAGCAGCCCCAGCAUCAGGUCUUCCGCCGAGAAAUCCCACAGCGCAUCGGAGUGUAUGCCUUGUCUUCGGAGCGUCCAGGGUCACAGCCAUAUCUGCCGGAGCACGCUUUGACCGUACAGAGACUGGACUCCGAGCUGCACAGGCCAAACCUCCAGUGGGCUCCACACCAUGCCUCCGUUCCGCCGCCAUUCCCGCCGCUCCCUCUCUGCCACCGUCCCCACACUCAGAACAAUCUCCUGCCGUGUCACCAGCAAAAGCAGCACUUUCCCAGGCACGCGUUUCAAAAUCCUUUCGAACGCUUUCACUCGGAGAGCUCGUCUCGCCCUCCUGCCCGGCAAGCCCAAGCUGUGCAGCAGGCAGUGCCGAGUCCCGUGGCAGACGCUCGCUCGAUGGGAGCCGUGUCCAAACAGUGGCGAUCGACCCCCGUUGACGUUGGCUUGAAAAACCAUCGCUCGUCCAACCCCCAGCACAUGCCGUCCACCAACACAACUGCCCAGCACGUGGCACAUGCAGCGUUGCCGAGGGCUGACGUGGGGGCGGCCCUGCGGACGUGCGGCCGUAUGUUACAGCCGUCGCCGUUGGCGUCAGCGGUGCCCGUUCGCCGGCCCUCCGUCUUGGAACCCCACCCUGGCCAGGCUAUCUUCACGUCGCCGUCCCAGCUGGCCCACCCCCGCCUGUGCCAGCCUGCCGUGGUAGUCUGUCACGUGACCGGUGAGGAGGGAGGCGCCGCUCUCAUGGGUUCCUCUGACGAAGCACCGCAGCGUUCUGCGCGGGCGGCGAAACCCCCGCCGCCACCGCUGCCGCGCGGCGAGGCUUCCCAUCUCGGGGUUUCUGCUUCGGUCUUGCAGAGGGACCAAUGCGCCGCACGCCUGGGAGACGUCAUGCAGGCAGCGCCGUCAGGCUGCCGCCUGCCACCUGGUGCCAGCAGCAGAUUGGGUCCCGACGAAGGGGAGGAUCGGCCCCGCGGCGCCGCCGACCCAUCGUCGCGGCAAGGGACUAACGGCGAAGCGAGGAAGCAAGCGGAGCCCCCUCGGCUGAGGAAGCCGGUGCUCGUCCGGCAGUUCUGCACGACGGAGCCCGUGGAACGCGAUGGCUCCCCGGCACACUGCGAUGCCGCCGUGAGCGGGUUGUUGCCGGCGGCCCCGGGAACCCGUCUUGGAGGUGUUCAAGGCGCCCCUGCGGACGAUGUUCGGACCUCCGAGCUGCCCUCCCAGGAACCCGACGGUCACGGCCUCACGGAGACGACGGCCGCACCCUCUGCGCCGCAAGGGCUCGCCACCACCAAGUCGGCGGUGCAGGUGCGGGUGCUGCUGCCAGCCGGGGCGGCCGCCCACGGGGGCACCGGCUCUAUCACGGUCCCCGUGCUGCAGGCGGUGGCCACCCCGAGUCUGCUGGUCCACGUGGGCCCCCGGCCGGGCCUCGCCGUCCUCGUGGCCGACCUGGCCGAGGUUCAGCAGCUGAUCCUGCCGGGCCUGCGCACGCUCACGCCGGCGUCCUGGUGCAUCCUCAACGCCCGGGCGCGACCGAGCACCGUCGCCGCCGCCGACACCGCCGCCGCUGCCGCGGACGGCAAGGCCUCGGUGUACGGGCCGUGGGAGCCGGCUAAGAGCGGCGGGAGCCCCUGCGGCGGCAUUCUCCCCGGCGUAUCCACGCACGCGGCGCUGGCACUCCUGCGGUCCAGGCAGCGGACGGGGCCGUCCACCUACAGCACGGCGGCCGCCUGCCCCGACAGCGCCUGUGCCCUCGUCCACUCGGGCUGGUGGAGGAGGCCUCACGCGGCGCAGCCGAUACCGGCGGUGAAAGUUUGCGCCCCACUGGGGAAGCCAGCCGCGACCGUCGUGGGCAGCCACGAGAAGGAGCUGGAGCGAGAGCGAGCGAGGGAGAACGCGCGGGAGAGUGUGCGGGAGAGGUCGGCCAAGGGUCACCACGACUCUCCAUCGCGCGCCGCCAAGCCUGCACUGCCCUGCCGCAUCAAGAUCUUCGAUGGCGGGUACAAGUCGAACGAGGAGUACGUGUACGUGCGGGGCCGCGGGCGAGGCAAGUACGUGUGCGAGGAGUGCGGCAUCCGCUGCAAGAAGCCCAGCAUGCUGCGCAAGCACAUCCGCUCGCACUCCGACCUCCGACCUUACCGUUGCCACAUCUGCAGCUUCGCCUUCAAGACGAAAGGGAACCUCACCAAGCACGUCAAGUCCAAAGCUCACAGCAAGAAGUGCCUGGAGAUGGGAAUCAGCGCGAUGAUGGGAGACGACCCCGGGGAGCAAGAUCCGGAGUGGCAGCCGUCUCCAGGAGCCAGGGCGGAUCACCAGUUUUCCGAUGCCGACGACUCGGAUCGAGAUCGCGACGACGACGACGACGAUGAAGACGACGAGGACGAUAACGAUGAAGGAUUGGCGGCUCUCGCGGCCCUCACAUCCGACGGGAACCUCCGGAGCGCUUCUCCUCUGGGCAGGUGGCAGCCGCGCGGGACUGGAGAACGCGGGGCCCGUUCCGCCGGAGGGUGGCCAAGCGCCGCCGACGCCGCCUUCGACGACGAAGUCGCCCGCCUGACGUUGAGGCUGCGAGCGCCGCCCCACGGCGCCGCCUCCAUCUCCGCCGCGCAUCCCUUGCCGCGGACGUGCCUCUCCCCUCCACCGCGGCACGAUGCGGCGCCCGCUCUCGCGGUGACGCCCGGCGGAAGCUCGCCAUCUCAGUCCUCGAGGGCACUCCCGGGUCGCUCUCUCGCCGGCGGAGGCACGAGGUCGCCGCCGUACGACGCGCGGCCAGGCAAGGGAGUGCCGCUGGCGCCGUCUCCGAAUCGCCUCGGCGUUCUGCUCGAGCGCGCGAUGCGGGACCGGCCUCGCCUCGCCGGGGGCUGCUCCCUCUCGCCGAGCCGGCCGCGGGCGGUGCCGCGCGAUGGCUCGCCUUCCCCCGGUCGGCACGGCGCGUUCCGGACGCACUCGCUGUCGCCGUACCGGCGCGACGUGGCGAGGGACGGGCCCCCGUCCCCCGGCGGCGCAGGCCGCACCCACUCGCUCUCGCCGCGCAGGGGCGGCGCGGCCCGGCUAACCGACGACCCCGCGGUUGUGGCGGCAGCUCCACCACCACCUGCCACGGGGCGAUCCCCACCGGCGCUUGCCGCACGCGGCGCUGGCGGCGGGCGGGUGGCGCCUCCGCGGCCGCAGCAGUCUCCGCUCGCAGACGCCGCCCGCUGUGGCCUGACGGCUUCCGCACGGCAUUCUGGGAGUUUGUCCGGAGACCCCCCGGGGAGUAAAGGAAGAGGCUCCUCGUGCGAGGAGCAGGCCGCCCAGUGCUACGCUGACGUCGGGCCGACGUCCGGCAACGUCGUCCGCGCGCAGCCCCCGGACGAUCGCCCCUUCGGCGCCACCCCCGGCGGUCCCGCCCGGCCCUUCCCGAGCGAGCCGCGCCAACUCCCAACCCGCCACCUGCAGCUGCCGAAAGCGCUGCCGCACGCGGUGGCCGUGGUCGGCAGCGUCCACAUGAUCGACAUGAGCAGGGUGGCCCGGGCCGCCGGCUCCGCCUCCUCCUUCUCCUCCUUCUCCUCCUCCUCCCUCGACGAAGAGGCCGCGGUGGCGUUCGCCCCCGAGCGCCUGGCUGAGCCGUCGUUCGCCGGCGCCCCCCGCCGCCCCCGCCGCGGGACGCCGCCCUCGGUCGCCGUGCUUGCCACGACGCCCGUCUGCCCGGACCCGUUCGCGUUCGACUCGGGGGACGCCGCCGUCCGCUUCCGGGCCGAGCCUCCGGAGUUUCGCGCGGCGGCGGCGGCAGCAGCGAGGAGCGGAGGGACGACGACGACGGGGAGGGGGGGAGGCGACCCCUGCGAGCUGGCGCCGCUGCCUCUGUCCGUCGCGUGCGCCGUGGUGGAGGCGGCGCCCCCGAGGUCGCGCCGGCCGGAGGAAGGCGGAAUGCACGGCUCCGCACGGAGGCCCCUGCCGGUCAGCGCCGGGGUAUCGGAGACGGCGGCGACGACGUGACCGGGGGAACGGGGGUGGGGGGGCGGUGAAACCUCUCACCGGAUAUUAGAAUGGAGCAGGCACGUGACUCGUAACCCCAGCCGGAGCCGUAGCAGCGAGAGGCGUGAUCGAUGUGGUGUGCCGGGGGGUGCGGAAUUAUUUUUGAGAUUGCCGUCAACGGACAAAUCCGGCCGAAACGAAUCCCUGGACGUAACAUUCCACCUCGUUGAGCUCACGACACCGGUUUGCAUCGCAAGUGACGGUUAAUGCUGCCCACGGAGAACUGGUAAAUGGGGGCACGUGUUAUCUUGGCUCGGUUGGUGAAACGCGAAGACUUUGAAACCGUAAUGGACAAUGCAACAUGCACCAGGAGGAGUCUUAUAAAGUUAGUGACAUCAUUCAAGCAUUUCGGGGUUGUUCUGUUUUGUAAUUCCCCCAACUGUGCCAUCGCGGUCACGUCUUGAGACAAAAUAUCAAUUUGCAUCUCUCAUAGAGAAGUGCAACCUCUUCAUAUUAGGGAGUGGCCCACUGUGGAAGUGGAUACCACAGAACUAUGUCUGAGAUACCUACAAAUGGACCCUCGUUUCACAGAGUAGGGGGCAGCACUAUCCGAUCUGCACUACAUAUGAGUCAUGUUCGUCGCAUGGCAGUCGACGCCACCUUCGACGGCGGUUAUUGGUGAACGGGCUAACACCAUCCAGUCACUCCACUUGAAUCCUGGUUUAAUCACAGACGGCUGCCUGGAUUUGAACACAGGAUCUCAGCUGCGCCAGCUCACUGCUCUAAAACUCCGAGCCACUCGGCCACUUCAAAGGUUGUUUUCUUUUAAAUAAUAAUAAAGUUGACAAUGAUACACAA